AGCGGGCGGUGAGGGCGGCGGGGCGGCCGCCAUGGAGGGCGGCGGGAACUCCAAGGGCACCGGGCUCGGCGGCCUCUUCGGCGCCGGCGGGCUCGGGUACUCGCACGCCGACCUCGCCGGGGUGCCGCUGACUGGAAUGAGCCCUUUGUCACCGUAUUUAAACUUGGACCCCAAGUAUCUAGUACAGGACACAGAUGAGUUUAUCUUGCCCACAGGAGCCAACAAAACUCGAGGCAGAUUUGAGCUGGCCUUUUUUACCAUUGGAGGAUGUUGUAUGACAGGGGCAGCGUUUGGUGCACUGAAUGGUUUGAGACUUGGCUUGAAGGAGACACAGAACAUGCCGUGGUCAAAACCUAGAAACGUACAAAUUCUAAAUAUGGUGACAAGGCAAGGAGCAUUAUGGGCUAACACACUGGGAUCACUGGCUCUACUUUACAGUGCAUUUGGAGUCAUCAUUGAAAAAACACGAGGUGCAGAAGAUGACCUGAACACCGUAGCUGCUGGAACCUUGACAGGAAUGCUAUACAAGAGCACUGGUGGAAUGCGUGGGAUAGCACGAGGUGGGAUCGCGGGUCUGACGCUGACCGGCCUCUACGCUCUGUACAACAACUGGGAGCACAUGAAGGGCUCCCUGGCCCGGCAGUCCCUGUGAGCAGGGCAGAGGACACACUUGCAUAGUCACCAAUCAAAUCAGUUGUGAGAUAUAUCUGGUGCCCCUUCCUAUUUUAUUUACAAUUAGUGUGAAACCGAAGGAAGCUGUGCUGGGAGGAACCUCUUGACACCGUGUAGCUGGACUGGCCCUUUCCUUCCCACCAGCCAGUUGCUGGAGAGGCAGCAAUAUUUGUUGGACUUGCAAGUGAACAGAGUGGCCACCAAGACAGUCUUCCUGGCACGCUCACCAGCCAGCCCUGGGCCAGAGCCACAAGGCCUGCUCAAGUCCCGCUGCCAGGUUUGUUGGGGCACGGCAGCGACAGCCCUGUAAUAAAGUCUGUGUCCAUAGACCAUUCCCUGCAGCCUCAGCACACAUCACCUGGCAACUGGCACAGGGCAAGGCUUGUUACUCUGACAGCACAAGGCAAGCUAUAAAAAGGGACAUCAUCAUUAAUAAAAAGGGUGGUACUUACUCAA